GUUAGCCUCGUCGCAACAAAAACUAGUCGCUAAAAUUUUUUUGAAGUACUCAACAGGCUGUUCUGCAACGCAGAAAGUGAAAUAAGUGAUUAUCGCACUCUACUUCAACACAUCAUUGUCAGUGACUCAACCAAAAAUCUUGUUUUUUGCCUUGUCCCUACUUCUCAGUCAGACAGCACCAGUAGCAAAGAAAACGAUUCCACUUUCCAUCAUGGCCUCGUCUUCCUCCUCUAGCAGAGCAAUCCCGGCGCCCAUCGCCCUUCCCCCACCCGCGCAGCCACUACAAGCUGCGAUACCGCUCGGCCCGCCUUCUGGACCGACCGCAAGUAGUUCUUCCUCCCCGACGGCACGAGUAAAAAUUGCAGCGCCAGGGCACGACGUUGCCGCAUCAAAGAGCAGUCCCGCGACGACUUUCAACCCAGAGGAAGAGGAAUUGGUCCUGUUCGAGCUGCCUGAGUUCGCCGAGACGGAAUUUCGCUGUAGCGAUCUGAAGCUCGAAAAGGAAGUUUUGCACCUCGACGGCGGGCGGAUGCAACUUGACGUGCAGGAGCAGGUCGUGCCAACCUCCCUGAUGUGCUUCGUUACCGAGAACUUUGACUUUUCGCAGCGCCCAGACAAACAAUACUCCAACGUUUUGACCAGGUACGGGACCCACAACCUGUGGGCGCGGGCGGAGCAAAGUCAAGUCGCAACCGGCGGACCUCCAGGAGAUGGGGAGCAAGCGAAGACGUCCGCGUCUCUUGUCGAGCAUGAGUUGCAUCCGGGCGGAGUUGGUGGCGCAGCAACUGCACCGGCCUACAAGGCUCCGCCAAAGACAACCUAUCUCGGUACCGUAAACCGAGUGCUGUGUGCUAGAACGAUGCGCUACAAUGCUGAAAAGGAUUUAAAGAAGAUGUUAUUCUGAAGAAAGAGUUUUGGUUUAGAAGGAUAACGACGCUCGUUCGUCAUGAUCUCACAAGCGACAAAAAGAAGGAGUUACAAACGAGAUGUCACUCCUUCUGGUGGGUGUACCUUUUCC